AUGGAAGCUGCACGCAAGGGCGGUGAUGUGGACAGCGAGCUUUCACCAGCUUUGCCCGAAUCCUUCCAGGAGGUGACGCAUGGGCGUCUGGGAUUCCGCCAGGUGGCUUGCUUGAUCGGACUUCUAGGGGCUGCACUCCUAGCUCUGGCCACAAUUCCGCUGAACCCGAGUGUCGGAGAAGUUGAGUCUUCCAACGAUGUGUCGAUGGAGGAGAUGAGCUGGACUCCACGAAGCCUUGCAACGGUUUCCUGUUCCGCAGUGACAUGUGACAUCUAUUCCACUCCACUAAAUGGCGAGUGUGAGGGACCCGCAACUUCUGCGGACUGCCUCGACAAGUGCUGCGGCAGCAUCGCAUGCAGUGCCAUUCCAGGCUUCACCUGCAUGGCGUCUCUCGGUCCUACAUUUCGCACAAGACUGAUCUCGUAUUUCAAGUCGGGACAAACAAGCCAGACAUGCAAAGGCCAAGCUCAGUGUGAGGACACCUGCUGUCAGGGUCGGUGCGCCGACACAUCCUGUCCAGCAGCCACAACGUGCGAGAGGCCCUUUCCACCAGAGCUUUGCACGCCAUCCACGUGUCAGGAACAGUGCUGCUACGAAAAGGCCAGUGACGACUACUGCGGCAACGGUCUCACUGCAUGGACCAUGGCAUGUAAGUCGUGUCAGACCCUUACCGAGUACUGCGAGGACAAGCUAGGCCUUGACUUUGAGACCACGCCUACCGAAGUGUGGAACCACGUGGCAUUCGAGAAGGUGAUGAAUAACCUCGUGGAGCCAGGUUGCGAGGUGCAGGAAACUCCACGGUGCGAAGACUUGCUGAAGUUCGGCAUAGUGUCUGUCUUCCCCUUGCACAAGAGUGGAGAGGCUGUUGCCGUGAAUGGCAUUGAUGUCAUUGCUGGUGGCACCCGGGCGGUCACUGGGGGAGAUGACAAGUUGGUCUUCAUCUGGAGGAUAGCAGAUGGAAAGAUGCUUAAGAACUAUUCCGCCCACUACUCGCCAGUGCAAACGAUCAGCACCUUUAACGAUGCCACUUUCUUCUGUGCUGCCAGCGAGACCGAGGCAAUCGUUUGGCGCAGUUCUGGCCCCCAGGACUCUGGUGUGCUCUCCAUGGAGUACACGACCGGGGACGACAAUGUCCCAACCACCUCCUGCGUAGGCAUCAACACCUGGGAGACGGCCAUUGUUGGUCAGGGUGACAGCUUUACAGUGAUUUGGCAUUGGAAGGCGAGCAAAACCCUGUCAGUGCCCGUCGACCCGAAGGAUCAGUGGAAGUGGCAGAUUGACAAAGAUGCUGGCUUUGUCCGCUGGCCAGAUCAGUACAAAGGCCACGACAGCGAGUGGCAAGUGGCGUUCACGGAGUGGAGGAAGAACCUCUUUGGGUUGAACUCGCGCCGCCUGAGCAACACAUCUGAGGAUGUGAAGGGGCGCAGACUUCGCCCGGCCGACAGGACUGCCCCGUGGACGAAUUGGUUCACCAACACGCGUUGGGGCGACGUCCCUGUCUACUACUACCAGCCGGACAACUGGGGGCCAGUAACCAGCAUUGCAGCGAUUCCGUUUGACACCCUCUACGCUGUAGGGUAUGGAUUUGGCAGCAUUCGUGUCUGGAUUACUUACAACGGCUUCCUGAAGAGUUUGAUCCCACAAGCCCACGAUGGAGCAGUGAAUGCCCUGGUGUCAGCGCCAGCCGGCAACACUUUGUACUCUGGUGGGUCAGAUGGCAUGAUCCGCAUGUGGGAUGUCUUCAAUGGCAAACACCUGGGAGACCUGUACGCGGUUGAUGCGGGGCCCGUGCAGUCCUUGGCUGUGAUCCCAGGUGGCAACAACAUCUAUUCAGGUCAUGCAACGGGACUACUGCUGUUGUGGAUCCCUGGCCUGAAGAAGCGUUGGUGCCACUUGGACACGCAUGCUGGCUCCGUGAACGCGCUCCAAGUGAAUCCGGGCGUAGUUGGUCAGGUCCUUGUGGCCCUAGAGGCAGGCGAAGCUCGUGUGUACCAAAUGAGAUGA